AUGUCUAAUAUCAUUCAAUCUACUGGUUCGUAUCCGAGACGCGUCCAUUCCGUUUUGUCCACAUUUAGUUAUGUGUUUGUGGAUAUCGGGAUCGAUUUGGCACAUUUCGUGGACACCGUGAAAGCAAACUUCGACCCGGACACACGUCUGGCCUUAGUGGCCACAAUCCAAUUUGUCACGAGUUUGCAAACAGCUAAAAAAGCAAUGGAACAGCAUGGAUUCCGUGUGUGCAUUCCGCACUGUCCUCCACUGUCCCCCGGCGAACUGUUGGGAUGCACAUCACCCCGAAUUCAGAAUGCCGAUGCUGUUCUAUAUCUCGGGGAUGGUCGUUUUCAUCUGGAGUCAGUUAUGAUUGCCAAUCCUCUGCUUCCUGCCUAUCGAUAUGAUCCGUAUGAUAAGUCCAUCACUCAGGAAUUCUAUGAUCACAAGCUAAUGCGACAAAGGCGCAAGGCGGCGAUCGAUGUAGCCAAGUCAGCCAAACGUUUCGGGCUGAUUCUGGGUAGGUUUACCGGUGUCGGGCCUCACCUCUCUUUGGCCACAGCACAGUCUGUAUAA